GCUCCUCUAUGCAGCCACCGCCCGCCUUCACCGCCCCUUUCGUCGCUUUCCCAUUCAGGCGGCUGCGCUGUCACCCCGCCCAAGCCUCGCCGCCGGGCCCCGGGGAGCCGCUUUCCCGGACAGCGAUUGGCGAAGCCGCUUGACAACCAUAGUCAGGCCGCCGCCUCUCGGGUCUUAGGAACGGAGCAAAGCAACUCGCCGGUACGGGCCGCGUUGGCUGGGCGCUGGUGGCCGCAACCGCGGACGGGCUCUUCUUCCUCCUCUCCCACACCCCUGGGAGGCUCCUGCCGCCAUUUUGUGUGUCUCCCUCCCUCACCCCGGUUUCCCCUCGGAGUCGGUGGCUCGGGAGAGGCCCUCCCUGUAGUCUACACAAUGACAGCUGAAGAGACAGUGAACAUAAAAGAAGCUGAAAUAGUCAAACUAAUACUGGAUUUCUUGAAUUCAAGAAAGCUUCAUAUCAGUAUGUUGGCACUAGAGAAAGAAAGUGGUGUAAUUAAUGGACUAUUCUCAGAUGAUAUGCUUUUCUUAAGACAGUUGAUUCUUGAUGGCCAAUGGGAUGAGGUUCUUCAGUUCAUCCAGCCUCUAGAGUGCAUGGAUAAAUUUGACAAGAAAAGAUUUCGUUACAUCAUACUGAAGCAGAAGUUUUUAGAAGCCUUAUGUGUAAAUAAUGCAAUGUCUGCAGAGGAUGAGCCUCAACACUUGGAAUUUACAAUGCAGGAAGCUGUGCAGUGCCUACAUGCUCUAGAAGAAUAUUGUCCUUGUAAAGAAGAUUAUAGUAAACUGUGUUUACUACUUACAUUGCCUCGUCUGACUAACCAUGCAGAAUUCAAGGACUGGAAUCCCAGCACUGCACGAGUUCACUGUUUUGAAGAGGCUUGUGUCAUGGUGGCAGAGUUCAUUCCUGCUGAUAGAAAACUAAGUGAGGCUGGAUUUAAAGCAAGCAACAAUCGUUUAUUUCAACUUCUGAUGAAGGGGCUAUUAUACGAAUGUUGUGUUGAGUUCUGUCAGAGUAAAGCAACAGGAGAGGAAAUUACAGAGAGUGAAGUAUUACUCGGCAUUGACCUUCUAUGUGGGAAUGGAUGUGAUGAUUUGGACCUUAGUUUGCUAUCAUGGCUUCAGAAUCUCCCCUCUACUGUUUUUUCUUGUGCUUUUGAACAAAAAAUGCUUAAUAUUCAUGUUGACAAACUCCUAAAACCUACAAAAGCUGCUUAUGCCGAUCUUUUGACACCCCUUAUCAGCAAACUUUCUCCUUAUCCAUCCUCACCCAUGAGGCGGCCUCAGUCUGCUGAUGCUUACAUGACCCGUUCCUUAAAUCCUGCGUUGGAUGGACUCUCCUGUGGGUUAACAAAUCAUGAUAAACGUAUCACAGAUCUUGGGACAAAAACGUCUCCCAUGUCUCACUCCUUUGCUAACUUCCAUUAUCCAGGAGUACAGAACCUUACUCGUAGUUUAAUGUUGGAAACUACAGAUUGCCAUAGCAUUUGUGAAGAGUCGCCUGAGCGAUGUGAAACUCCUGUGGAUCCCCAUAACUCAUCUGAAAGUGAGACUAUGCACCAGAAUUCAUUUCCAGAAAAAGAGCCAGCAAAUGGAACACAGAAUCAAGGACCAGCCAAGCAAGAAAAAAAUGAGCUUCGUGAUUCAACAGAGCAGUUUCAAGAAUAUUACAGACAGCGGUUACGAUAUCAACAACACUUAGAGCAAAAGGAACAACAACGGCAGUUGUAUCAACAAAUGUUAUUAGAAGGAGGAGUAAAUCAGGAGGAUGGUUCAGAUGUACAACAGAAUCUUACAGAACAGUUUCUUAACAGGUCUAUUCAGAAGUUGGGUGAAUUAAACAUGGGCAUGGAUAAUCUGGGAAAUGAUGUACAGACACUAAGCCAGCAUUGUAAUGGGACCAAGGGAAAUGUAUCCAUUCCUCCAGAUUCCAGUCAGAGAAUAGCUGGCGAUAACGCAAACAUUAAUACAAGUACACCUCAAAAAUUUGGCUCCAGUAAUCAGAUACCAUCUCUUGAAGAAUCGCCUGUCCAUGGAAAUCAAAUGGUGCCAGAGCAAGCUGCCAUUCAGGCACAACAUGAAGAUUCUUCAGGGAGUGUAAGAAAAGCAAGAAGUGAUGAGCAGGAUGACAAAUCAAAGAAACAGUUCAUUUGUCUGAAUACUCUAGAAGAUACACAAGCUGUCAGGGCUGUGGCAUUUCAUCCAAGUGGCGCUCUGUACGCUGUUGGCUCAAAUUCCAAAACUCUGAGGGUCUGUGCCUAUCCAGAGGAACAGGACUCAAGCUCCUCCACUGCUGUUCCUCAAAAACUGGUAUUUGACUUAGGCAGAUCUACGCUCUCUUCUUCUAUAAAGAUGACAACAAACGGCAAUAACACACCUAAACAACCAGUAGUUCGUUUCAAACGGAACAAACAUCACAAGGGAUCAAUAUAUUGUGUGGCAUGGAGCCCCUGUGGACAAUUGCUGGCUACUGGUUCCAAUGACAAAUAUGUUAAAGUUUUACCUUUCAAUGCAGACACCUGUAAUGCCACAGGGCCAGAUCUGGAAUUUAGCAUGCAUGAUGGAACUAUUAGAGAUCUAGCUUUUAUGGAAGGUCCUGAAAGUGGUGGUGCCAUUUUAAUCAGUGCUGGAGCUGGUGACUGUAAUAUUUAUACCACAGACUGCCAGCGAGGGCAAGGUCUUCAUGCUUUGAGUGGCCAUACUGGUCACAUUUUAGCACUUUAUACAUGGAGUGGAUGGAUGAUAGCAUCUGGAUCCCAAGACAAGACUGUGAGAUUCUGGGAUCUCAGAGUACCCAGUUGUGUUCGGGUUGUUGGAACAACAUUUCAUGGAACUGGCAGUGCUGUUGCAUCUGUAGCUGUAGAUCCUAGCGGUCGUCUUCUAGCUACUGGACAGGAAGAUUCCAGCUGUAUGCUCUAUGAUAUUCGUGGUGGGCGAAUGGUUCAGAGUUAUCAUCCUCAUUCCAGUGAUGUCCGUUCUGUUCGCUUCUCCCCUGGAGCGCAUUACCUUCUCACAGGAUCAUAUGACAUGAAAAUAAAAGUCACAGACCUGCAAGGUGACCUUACCAAGCAGCUACCAACUAUGGUAGUAGGAGAGCAUAAGGACAAAGUGAUUCAAUGCAGAUGGCAUACGCAGGAUCUUUCCUUCUUGUCAUCUUCUGCUGACAGAACUGUCAAACUCUGGAGUUAUAAUGGCUAAAUGCAAUCUGUAUCAAUAAAGCAGACACAUGAGACAACUGGAAUGUCCAUAAGAAAAGCAGCAUUUGAGCGGGAGAGAUGUGUCCCACAGAAACCUGACUGCUGUGAGAUAUUGGUGUGUUGGUGUGGAUUAUUUUUCAGUGCUUUCCAUGUGAUCUCAUGCUGCUAUGACCUACUAUGUCUUGUUGCUGAAGUUUGUUAAAAGAGCUCUUGCAAAGUCAGUGUGCACUCCAAAAGUUAAAUUAAUUAUGUGUUUAGUGUUAAUUGCAUUCCCUGGUCUUUGCCUCAGUAACAAUAUUUUUUUGAAAUUCAGAUUGAACUACAGUCCAAUGAAAUUCACAUGCAAUAUUGUAACAUCCACAUAAAUAAGUCUUGUUAUGCCAUGCUCUACAACGUUGUUUACAUCUAUCUUAAUUAGUGGUCCAAAACCUUACCCAUCAAAGUUUCGUGUUUUGGUUUAGUACAUAUAAUUAUGAACUCUAAAGAUGGUUAAAGAGGGAUACUCUUGAUCACAGUAUCUGUCUAUAGAUAUAUGGAUGACUUUCAGUUUGAGACUAUUUUGCUAGAUUAUGUUCAACACUUAAGCUUUUGGUGGAAAAAAACAUUGGUGCGAAGAGACAUUUACGUUACUGAAUGCGAUUGCAACAAAAUACCUCUGUAAUGUAUUGUAGGAAAGCAAACGCACUAUUAGGUGUGGUUGGUACAAUUAUUUUGGUAUCAUUGGCUAUGAUCCUACAGAUCUUGAGGCACAUGUGUAAGAAUAUUGUGUAUGCGGUUAGGAAUUUUUCUGAAGUUGCUAUAAUUACUAAUUGCAUUGUUGAAAACUUUAAUAUAUUAAAUUGCCCAUUCCUCAGCACUGCAAAACACUGUAGUAAAAUGCUUCAAAAUAACCUCUGGUUACAAACACAGUUUUUCCCUGUGUAUAUAUAGAACGUCAUACAAAUUUUAAAGGCAAUAGCAUGGCUUGAAAUGCUAUGUCUGCAUGGUAAUGUAAAACUAAAUUAUUUCCCAGUUCAGAAGCUUAUUUGGAUUUUUAAUUUCUUGCACUGUCUAUAUAAUAUAGUUGCAAUUUUAUCUCUAGCUUUAGAGUAUUAUGUUUAUGUAUUGUUUUAUAUUUUCAUAUUGUACAGUUAUAUUGCUUUUAAAUUAAAUUCUUAAAUAUUUGGAUUAUUUAUUUGAAGUACAACUUAAGGUUUGGUUCUAAUUAAUAUAUGCCGUGCAUUGUAGCAAGACCUUUUUAACUGUCAUGAAAAAACUGAGGUUACUAUUGAAGUGCAUAUGUACUUAAAUUCAAUAAAAAUUUUGACACCUGAA